ACGAUUGUUGCAAUCGAGUUGGAAUUCUUCAAGCAUUCCACCAAUAAAUAGCCAUCAUUCUGCAUUCAUUAUUGGUCAACCAAGUGACGACAAAUAAUAAAUGGUCAUCCAGCCGCGGAAGGCCAUUGCCAUCUUCUUCUCCACCUCCACCUUCCAAACACUCCCAGCAUUCCCCUCCCUGCUUCAAGCAUGCCGCUCGCUCGAGGACCUCCAGUCCGUGCACGCCACCAUGCUCAAGCGCCGCGCUCUUCGCGACUCCUUCUUGAUCAACCAGUUCCUCGCCGCAUGCUCUCGGCUGCACCUCAUCGAUUAUGCCCUCCGGGCCUUCGUCCAAAUGUCUGACCCGAACGUCUUCGUCUACAAUGCCGUCGUGGGUGGCCUCCUUCGGCAGUCUGAAUCGUCCACGGCCCUCGAGUUGUACGUUGGCAUGUUGAGGUCCGACGUGCUCCCUGAUGGAUGCACUUUCUCGCACAUAGUUAAGGCUUGUGCUCGGUCAUCGGCUACUGAGCUCGGCCAAGCAGUUCAUGGACAGAUCGUGAAAAUGGGCUUCGGAACCCACCUCUUACUCCAGACUGCACUCACGGACUUUUACUCCAGUUCCGACAAGAUAAAUGAAUCGAGCAGGUUGUUCGACGAAAUGUCUGAGAGAGAUGUUGUCUCGUGGACGGUGAUGAUUCUGGGCCAUGCCCGUCUUGGCGACUUGGCCUCGGCCAGGAGGCUCUUUGACGAAAUGCCCGAUAGAAGCAUAGUCUCAUGGAAUACAUUGAUCGCUGGGUAUGGAAGGUCAGGGGAUGUUGAGUCUGCCGUUUCUCUGUUCGACGAGAUGCCCGAGAAGAGCUUGGUCUCAUGGACCACGAUGAUCUCUUGUUACUCCCAGAACAAGUGGUACAAAGAGGCAAUAAAAACCUUUCACAGUAUGAAGGCCACAGGAGUCAGACCUGACCGAGUGGCCAUGGCUACCGUGAUCUCAGCCUGUGCUCAUCUCGGAGCUCUCGACUUGGGGAGAGAAUUGCACCUAUAUGUGAUGCUCGAUGGGUUUGAUCUUGGUGUACACUUGGGAUCAGCACUGAUUGAUAUGUAUGCAAAAUGCGGGAGUGCAGAGAGAGCACUGGUUAUCUUUUACAAGCUGGAAGAGAAGAACAUAUUCUGUUGGAAUUCGGUCAUCCAAGGGCUAGCGAUCCAUGGAUGCGGGAGGGGUGCGAUAACCAUGUUCCACAAGAUGAAUGAGGAAGGCAAAACUCAACCAAAUGGUAUCACUUUCGUCAGCAUUCUCAGCGCGUGCAAUCAUGCAGGGCUGGUGGAAGAAUCACGAAUGAUGUUUUCCAGCAUGAUCAAGAACUACUUAAUACGUCCUGAGCGGGAGCAUUACGGAUGCAUGGUCGAUCUUCUAGGGCGUGCCGGCCACUUAGUAGAAGCAUUGAAUUUGAUCAGGAGCAUGCCAAUGGCACCCAACGCCGCAAUCUGGUCAGCUUUACUUUCUGGUUGUAGAAUACAUCGAAACAUGGAGGUAGCUGAGAUUGCUGCAGAGAAGCUGCUUGUACUGGAACCAGAGCACAGUGCACAUUAUAUGCUUCUGGUUAACAUGCAUGCUGAAGCUAAAGCAUGGGAGAAGGUUGGGACGGUGAGGGGGAUGUUGGAGGAGAAGGGAGUGCAGAAGAGGGCACCUGGGUGCAGCUGGAUUGAGAUUGAUGGGGUGGUGCAAGAGUUUGCUGCUUGUGAUAUGAUUCAUCUCUCAUCGGAGAUUUGCUCGGUGCUGCAUGAGUUGGAUGGACAGCUGAAACUUGCAGGGUGUUCGCUAGAGUUGGGCAUUAGUUCAAUGCUGUGACUUUAUGUGCAAAAGCACAAAGGAUGUAUGUUGUGUAUACAGAUUUGUUUGCAAACACAUAGUGAUUCAGUAGCCCUUUGUGUUGUUUGAAGUGAAAUUAGCACUUGUUGGUGUUGUUGGCAGCUGCAGUUCACAGGAUGUGUGUUCACCAGAGUUGGACAUUAGUUUAAUGCUGAGAUUUUUAUGUGCGAAAGCACAAAGGAGGCAUGUUAGUGUGCAAAUUUGUUUGCAAACACUAAAGUGAUUUAGCAGCACAAUGUACUGUUUGGAGUGCGACUUUCAUGUGAGAAAUGUUUAGCAGGGGUGAAAGUGACUUGCAGGGUUCACCAGAGUUGGGCAUCGCUCCAUUGCUGACUUUCAUGUGAGAAAUGUUUGUGUAUGCAGAUUUGUUUGCAAAGACUGAAGUGAUUAGCAGAGCUGAAAGUUGCAGUAUGUUCACAAGAGUUGGGAACUAUUCUGUGAUCUCCAUUGGCAAAAGGGCAAAGGAUGUAAUUGUUUACAAAGACUAAAGUGAUUUAGCUGCACAUUGUAUUAUUUGAAGUGCAAUUUGUGCAAGAAAUACUUCUUGGUAUUCUGACCAGCUGAAACUUGCAGGUUGUGAUUAGUUCAACGCCGUGACAUUCAAGUGCAAAAGCACAAAGGAGAAUUGUGUCUACAAGCUUUUUUGCAAAGACUCAAAUUGAUUUAGCGGCACAUUUGUCUUGUCUGAAUUGCAAUUUGUGCAAGUAAUACUUUCUUGGUGUUAUAGGAAGCUGAAACUUGCAGGGUUUCUUAAUUCAAUGUUGCGACUUCCAUGUAUAAAAUGCCAAAGGCGAAAUAAUGUUGUAUAUACAAAGUUUGUUUACAAAGACGAAUGAUUUACCGGCA